CACAGUAGUCAGUUGCAUAUCUAAAAACACCCUUGUUUGGUAUUGGUUAUACAAGCUUCGUAGUUGUACAAUGGCCAAAGCAGCAGAAUAUCCCGAAAUUUACGAUAUUGAUGAAGUGGCUGAAGAAGAACACCUGUCAGGAUACACGGACAUCUUAAAUCAUCUCCGCAAUUUGGAAAUCGAAGGGGAAAAAACUUACGAAAGUGACACUCGCAGUCUAAGUGUCAAAUUAGACAACAAAAGCAGACCAAGUCACAAAGUCAUCCGUCACCCGAAGCCUGUAAUACUAAAAAGACAGAAAGCAAAACCGAAACCAAAGCCACGUGUUCCCGUGCCGACAAAUCUUCAAAAAAUCUUCGGUAACAAACGCGUUGUGAAAGAACAUUAUUUUACAGCUGGUUCGCAAAUUACUAAAGAAAACGAAAGAGACCUUUUGACCGAACAGUCGCCUUUCAAAUAUCCAGACGAUUUGGAAGAAUUCGCCUAUAAAAUUCUUACGAAAACAUGGAACGAAAAACUGGUGAGGAAAGAAUUAGCGUUGAGAUACAACGAAAGAAAUGGUUACAGGUCUCGUCAACAACUGGACCGUUUGAAUCGACUUUACGUAGAAGAGCCGCAAUUCGCUAAAUUGAAAACCGUUACCGAUUAUGAUCCCGACUACUUCAAAACAAUAGCGAAUAGACCCAUAGACAAACCAUUUAAACUAAACGAUUACGUGAACAACCUCAGAGAAGUUCUGAGGACGAAAGUUGUCACCGGAUAUAGAAUGGAUGAACUAUAUCUAAUGGAAGAAAACAUAAUGGAGGAAGAAAAAGUGAUCAAAGCGAUUAAAAAUGAAUUUAAAAUUUACAUUGAAAAAUUCGAAGAGUUUUUAUACGAAGAUUACAAGAGAUCGAUAGAGGCUUUGAGGCAAUCCGAAACUGAAGAAGCGCAAUCUCAAGUAAUGUAUUUUGAGUAUGUGGAAUUAUCGAAAGAGUUAAGUUCGAUCACGUCCACAAUCUAUCGACUCGAAGAACGUUGGAGGCUAUUGAAACUCUAUCAGAAAUGUCUGUACCUUGCAAGCCCUCUUACGUGGCGUAUGAAGAACGAUUUCUACCUCAACUUGGACGCGAAGGAGGACCCAAAACAAUUGUUUGCAAUGUACCAACUAAACGCCGGUGAAAUGGCAUCAUUACAUAAACUCAUUCAAAAUUUUAACGAAGGGACAGCCAUUCAAAACGAACCAGCUCUUUAUUUUGAAGAACCGAAGCAACUUUGGCAGGUGUUUCGUUUUAUGGAAAUCCAGAAUCUGAAUUCUUUGCUACACUGUGAAGAGCUGGAAAAUCCAUUAGAAAAUGUCAAACUCCAAAUGGAAACAAUAAAAAAGAGAUUCCAAACCAAUUUAGGAGAAGUGCAGGAAUUGGUUCACAACGUUGCGGGAGGUAUCUUAUGGGAAGAAGAAAGAGCUCGUCAACUAGAAAAACUGGCAAGAGAGCUAAUUAGUGGAAAAUUCCGAGAAUAUACGAUAAAUGAUGACAUUCUGGAUUUGGCGGUGUUCGUGGAAGACGUUUUUGAAAUUCACGUUGGUCCCAACGACACUAAUAUAUUACCCAUAGACAUGAUGAGAAUGGUUGAGUUAAAGUAUCGCCAAUUUAUUCUUCAGCUUGAUCAACUUCCUCAAAGCAUAGUACAUAAAGCUGAAUCAAGCUGCUAUAUAGAGGAGGCUAGAAUCAUGAAGGUAGCCAUCGAUGCUGCCAAAAAGGUUAUACAAAUAGAACGGAUGAUAAAGAAUCUAAGUAGAAUAUUGGAACCAGUACCAGCUAAAUAUCAAAAAGAUCUUAAAUGGCGAUCGCCUCCUGUGGAUCCUGUCAAAAUUCCUACUCCUCCCCCUGAACCAUUAUCGGUCGCAGAGGUCGAACAGCUUAUAUUCUUCAACGACGUUUGUGAAGCUGAUGUUGACGAUUAAUUGGGACUGCAUUUUUAUUUACAAGAAAAUUGUAAUUGUAUUUAUUAUGUACUUUUAAAUGUUUUUUUCUUAUAUCAUAAAUUAUUAUAUUUUAUGCGUUUAUAACAACAUGGUACAGAUCAAGUACAAUACUGUGUAAAAA